GGCCUUUCCGCCUCUUUUUCACGCUUAGAGCGUCGCAGGCGCUCCCGGUUUGGCCGGUAAUCGCCAUGUUAACGCAGACUCGGGGAGCAAUGGCGCAUCGGCACCGUGGCGAGGCACAGACUCGGAAGGAUGGAGACACAAGCAUGAAUUAAAGACGCGCAGCUUUGAGGAUCAGAAUGGGUCGGAAUGGCACACGUCUCCCAUCGGAACGAUGGCUGUGGCAGAACGUGUAAAGAGCAGCAUCCUUUACCAGACGUCCUGAUUGCAAGGAGGCUCUUAAGCCACUGUUGCCACGGCAGCGGUCGUGGAGGAAGAGAAGGAACGGCUGUUGCGGUGGCGCCACGCUCUGCUGGAGGGGAUGGAGUACCACAGCACGGGAACCCUGCCGCUCCUGGGCAGCCCGCGUUACUGUCCCGGUGCCAACAGUGCCAGCGGGUACCUCUGCCAGACGGGCCACUGCUGUGGGGAGACCGGCUGCUGCACCUAUUACUACGAGCUGUGGUGGUUUUGGCUCUUAUGGAGUGUAUUGAUCCUGUUCAGCUGCUGCUGUGCGUAUCGACAUCGCCAGGCUAAACAGCGAGUGCAGCAGCAGCAGAGACAGCGAGAGAUCAACCUGAUGGCCUACCACGGAGCCUGCAGUUACCCGUCCUCCAUGCUGGACCUCAGUUUCCUCGCAUCACUCAAACUGCCAUCGUAUGAGGAAGUAGCAGCGCAGCCCAGCACCCCGCCCCCUCCCUAUAGCUCGGUGGCUUACCCACAAGGCUCCGCCCAUCCCGGUCCAAGUCACAUGCUGUCCUCUCAGAGCUCUGACAACUACACCAGCUGUUCAUGUGACUCCUGCUGCCCGUCUUCACCCUGUAGCUCCUCCCCUUCCUCCGCCCAGCUCACAGACGAGACUGACACUAGCCACACCUCCACGCCUUCUCACAGUGAACCAGUGCCCAUUAACUCGAUUUCUGGACAUGCCACAGGCAUGAGUCUUUCCACUCCGCCUUUUUACAGCCCCGCUUCCUCGGCUGAAGCGAUGGAGGUAGACUUGCCAGACUCCGCCUCCCUCGACUGUAACGGCAACAGGACUGUUAAAACAGUCACUAAUCCGACAGUUAACAACAACGUGAUCAGUGACGCUGAAGAAAGUGCUAAAUCGAACGAAAGCAGUGACGGGACACAGAUUAGUAACUCAAAUGAUGAGCGCAGCAUCACUACAAGCUCUAAUGUACCUCAGUGCAACAACACUAACGAUAUUAGCAGCAAGGUUCAAAUGUCCGACUUCAGUCCUUCCAGAAACGAUAAAGCCACUGACUUCGACCUCUUUCAUCCACCCAGCAAUAUGACUCAAAACACAUAUAAUCCUCCCAUCACCAUCCCUCCGUCCUCCCCUCUGUCCUGUUCUCCUUUGUCUCCGUCCUCUCCUCCCCUCCCUCCUCCUUUAUCCCCCAUCUCUGACCCUCUAGGCGCCUUCUUGGAGCAGCAGAGCUCUCCUGUGCACUGGGCGGAGCCAGCACAGACACACCCUUCAGCCCCUCGCCCGCUGUCUCCACCCAAACCUGCAGUCUUUUCCCCCGACUUCCUGGAGCCAGAGCGGCGCGAUUCGGCAGUUUGCGAUCUCGACGUGGAUCAGACGCACUUUCAGCAGCGACGCCUCACCGGAGACUCCGGGAUCGAGGUCUGCCGCUGCCGGAUCAACCACGAGGGUGAGGAGGAUGAGGAGGAAGAAGAUGAGGAAGAGGACGAAGAUAGGGAUCGUUCAGAGGACAAGCCAAGUGCCGUGACGAGCGAUGACCUCCACGACAGCGCAGACUGCUCUGUCCAUGCCCAGCUGUCCCCUUCUGAGCUCGGAGACACGUGCGGGUCUGGCGCCACCACGCCGGCACACCCCGAUGCGGUCGUUAUAGCCAUGGAAACCGUUUGAUGGACAGGUCGCUAUGUUGAAAUCUGGCAAACAAGGGCUGUGCGUCAGCGAUGCUGAGAGAUCCUUCGGCCAUGCAAAGUGGACUGCCAUUUAGUCCGAGUCUAAACUAGCUGUGCUGUUGUAUUAGGACUGACAUCGUAGGGUGGUGAAAUGUGAGAGUCUAGCAUAGCAUAGAAAGGUCUCUCUCUCUCUCUCCCUCUCUCUCUCUGUCUGUCUCCCUCUCUCUGUCUGUCUCUCUGACUCUGUUGUAGGAUAAAUGUCCUCGGGUUCUCCAGUGCUUAAGAAAAUGCCUGUUAUUGUGCUGACAGAGAGACUGAUUUUAGAGCCACAGAUUCAGCUCUUACACCCACCCACACACACACACACACACACACACACACACACACACUCACACACUCAAACACACAUUAACCUUUGUGUAUGACCCUGCUUGGGACAGUGGCAUGUGAUGGUGGUACAACAAUACCAUGUCCCUCUGUGAACACUUCUGUACUCUGUAGCACAUGAAAACAAACAACACUUCUCUCUCUCUCUCCCUCUCUCUAUCUCGUCCUUUCUCUUGUUUCUUGGCUUGCAUCGUAGCCUCUGACGCAGAAUCAGAGCUCUAGUCUACUUUGUUGCAGUGUCAUACACAUUGAUAGUCUAUGAAGCUGCUUGAACCAUUUGGUUUAAACACUGCUGACAGUAAAGAUGCAAUAACACACACACAUAUUUACACACACACACACACACACACACACAUCUGUCCUGUGUGCCUCUGGGAAAUGUAGUUCACACCAGGUCAGGCAGCCAUUUUGUGCUUGAUGUUAAUCGGAGCUUAUCAGCCGAAUGUAGGUUCCUUACUGGUUCCCACAAAGCAACUCUCUCUCUCUCUCUCUCUCUCUCUCUCUCUCUCUUUCUCUCUCUCACACACAGACACACAAACACACACACUCACACUUAUCCGUAACACCAGACUGCAUUCUUCUUAUUUUCCCAGAGUUUCUGAACACCAGCUUGGCCAAACAAAUGCUGCACCUCGAUCAUGGAAGAAGAAGUAAAAAGAAAAACCUCAGGACAUUGUUUUUUUUUUUAUUUAUUUAAUUUAUUUUUUUUUUAUUAGCAUUUUCUUACGUCUAAAUGUGGAAACACAGAAACAGCAUUGCUCAUUGGCGACACAAAAGCAGCCUGAAGACUCUCCGAACUGCUGUUCAACUAAGUCAAAUAUCAAUAUUUCAAAUAUGGAAAUACACGUACAAAUAAAUAUAUAUACGUAGGUGCAGAUUAUAUAUCUAUACAUAUAUAUGCUCUCUGUGAAAUGAUAUAUUUUCUAAGCAUGCCAUGUCAUUUGGAGUGCAGCUCUAGAAGCCGGUGUAAAAAAAAAAAAAAAAAAAAAAGUAAUCCGCGGCUGAGAGACGUGUGUGUCGAUUCUAGUGUUACUAUGGCAUCAGUACAGAGUUACACUUACAUUACUAUGGCGUUCCCAUGGUGCUGCCGUGGUGUUACUAUGACAACCUUCUUUAGUCUGAGCAAUAGAGUAUGUUUGAUGUCCAUGUGAGAUUGUGAAAGGUGUGAAAAUGUUAUUCUAAACAACUUUACCACUAAACAAGUCAACAGAAACCUCCAGUCUCGUCAUUUGUGUGUGUGUGUAUAUGUGUGUGUGUGUGUGUAUGUGUGUGUGUGUGUCUAACUCCCCAU